UCCAGAACGCCAAAACGAAGAAGAAAGAAAAAACAACUCCCAAGUCACGGCGAUUCUCUGUCAUCUCCCCCAACACUUUCCUCUACGUCGCCGGAGAAAUCCUGUCGACGGGUUUUGGAAGAUGGAUAUAAUCUCACAGUUGCAAGAGCAAGUGAAUACGAUUGCUGCUAUCACUUUCAAUGCUUUUGGGACACUCCAAAGGGAUGCACCUCCUGUCCAGCUUUCACCUAAUUAUCCUGAACCACCCGCUACAACUACGGCUGUUGAUGACGCUACGCCUUUUCCUGAGCAACCUAAGCAGCUCAGUGCCGGUUUAGUUAAGGCUGCUAAACAGUUUGAUGCUUUGGUUGCAGCUCUUCCUUUGUCAGAAGGAGGUGAAGAAGCUCAGCUCAAAAGAAUCGCUCAACUCCAGGUGGAAAAUGAUCUUGUUGGUCAAGAACUCCAAAAGCAACUAGAGGCUGCAGAGAAGGAGCUAAAGCAAGUCCAAGAGCUAUUUGGACAAGCUGCAGACAGUUGCCUGAACAUGAAGAAACCUGAAUGAAAUGCUUUUUUAUCUUGUGUCAAGCUGAUUAAGAAAGUAUAUGAUUUGGUUCAGAAACAGUCAUCUUUUAGGUUCAGAAGGAAUAUCAAUUCUGAUAUGGUUCACCAAAAAAUUGUUGCAGAAGCAAUUAAAAGAAUGUCAGUUAGCUCACAACAACAAAACCAUUAUUUUAACCUUACACUUCUUUCUAU